UUUCGCUCCGUCAACAAUCGUUUUGAUCCGUCUCUCCCUUUCGGCUCCCUCCAUUUGGACCAGUGAACCAACGAUUCUCUUGUUCAACAUUUAACAAAUCCAGUGGGCUAAAGUUUUUCAAGCUGUUCAAUUACGUGCGCAAAAAGUGCAAUAUUAUUUCAGUUCUACCCGAAAGUGAGGAAAUUAAGUGAUCCAACAGCACCCAAUAAAAGAUACGAGAUAGUUCGCCUAAUUCUGAACGAUCGAGUCUCACGUCUAACAUCACUUGGAGCCCUGGAGCUUAGUAUUAGAACGGCAGACAUGACUAGAUAGAUCAAUUGUUUCGGAGUCCCAGCUGUCGGCCAGCGUAGCCAUCAAGCCAUCCACAUGGAUUACAUACGAGAAUUCGACAUCCGCUUGGAGAAGGAAAUGUACUAUGCCGGCGAGACGGUCUACGGCGUCGUUAUCCUCGAUACCUCAGAGAACUUCAAAUUGAGAGCUGUCCGUGUAGUGUUACGAGGAAGAGCUCAUCUGGAAUGGAAAGUAGUGGUUUCCGGCGAUCAGCAGUCUAUCAGCGACGACCAAUAUUUCAUCGAUGAACGAUCGACAAUUUGGGGGAAAGAGAAAGCCGACGGAUCCAUCCCAGUUUUGCCGCGAGGUUAUCAUCAGUUUCCAUUCCACUUUUUGUUGCCGGAAAGCUGUCUACCAUGUUCCUUCGAGAGCAAGAUAGGCACCGUUCGAUAUUACAUCAAGGCCACGGUUGACAUUCCGUACGCGUCUCCACCGCAAGGUAUGAAGUACUUCACGAUUAUUGGGCCCCACAUCGACUGCAUGGAGGAACAAUAUCUGAAACCACUAAGUCGACGAAGAAAGCGGAUCUCUUGUUGCCUAUGCUGUAAGAAAGGUCCACUGUCGCUUAGCGUUCAACUGGACCGAUCUGCGUAUGUCAGCGGCGAAAGUCUGCGCUUGAAGGCUGACAUCAACAACCGCAGCUCUGAAGAAGUGCGCCUUCGACUACGCCUCAUUCAGUAUGUCGAGUAUACUAUUCAUAGAGGAGUUCUCGGUGCUAACAAGGAGUUGCAACACGUCGUGCUGGAGUAUCGGGGUGAUCCGGUGCAGCCUGGAAGACGUUCUAAAUUUGAUUCAUCACAGUCACUGGUGUUGCCAGCCUUACCAACGACGCUAGUUGGCGUCUGUCGAAUGAUCAACGUCUAUUACGCCCUUCACGUCAGCUUGCUCCUGGAAUCGGAGGCGGAAGAUUUGACGAUGGAAUUCCCUGUAACAAUAGCCACCGUACCGUUUCGGAUUCCCAAUUCACCUAACCAGCCAGUAGUUUAUUACGAACCAGCGUGUGAACACGUAGAAGGAGGACGAUAUGUCGGGCCAGAGUUCCAGCUCGGCCAAGUUUACGAUGGUGGGCCAGCGAAUUGUGAGGCUGACGUCGUUCUCUAUCGCCCUGUCUACGUCUGUGUAAGCUCCUUGCGGAGUCACCUGAAAACUGGAAACAAUUUUGCGGCCAGCUGUGCUAAGCUAACGCAGCAGAACAGCAAGGAUCGCAGCACACUGUUAGCUGCCACUGCGUCGAUCGUUUCCAGUUCUUCUGUCACGAAAGCAGCUAUUACUGAUACGGUCAAUGCGGGUAACUCAGCGAAUGACGCAGCACCAGCGACUUCUCAAGAUUCCUGACGCUCCGAUGACAUGAAAGAUUUCACGACAGCUAAUCAUCGAUUCCAGUAAGCCGAAUUCUGUCCAUCAGAAUCGCGAAAAAGAUCACGUACUUUAUUUUUAAUUGGCAUUUUGGCAGUAAAAGUAAAAAAGAAAAAAAAACUCGCCAUCUGUCAAUCCCGCACAAAGACGAAUGCAUUUGCAAUUCAAAUGUACGCCCUGCUAAAAGCCGCAACUGACGUAAGAACAAAAGAAAACUAAUUAUUAUCGAGUAAUUGCUGCCAAGUCGGUGAACGACACAUCUGCUUUUAUCCGUCUAAAAGACCCUACCACAAAAACAAAAGUAACAUAUGCAUACAAAUAGAAGAAGGACCCAAGAUGAUUGCAAGUCUGUUGUCCUGAUUGCAGUUUUCAACUGUUGCAUAACCAGUGUGCAAAUAUGUGAAUUAGUUGUUCGUUAAUAUUGUUUUGGUUUUGUACACAAAGUGGCAUAUAUCUCGCAUUUCUAUAACAGUUAUAUUUUAGACAGCCUUGCUUCACGGGGAGCGGUAAGUCAGUGAGUACGAGCGGCAGAACUAAUACUACUCUACAAGCACCCCCCAACAAAAGGAUAUCGAACCUGGGCCGGCCCUCGUUUCGAAAAAAAAUCCAGUUCAUCGGCUAUCACCGAAUUGAGCAGUUUUGCACACACUUUGCAUACAACCAAAAAAAACAAAAAUUCCUAUUUUUUAACCAUUUUUUUUGUGUUUUUUUUUAAAGCGUACAAUUGAUGAUGAAAACGCUGUUAUGAAUGUAUGGACGCUAUGAGCCUUCACGGCCGCGAUUUGAAUCGUUAAUUGUCUUAGAUAUGUUUACGUAUGUAAGUCGGUUCUUUACAGGCCAGACUCUCAUCCUUUUCCUCGAAAGUCUUUUUACUUUUAUCUUUUCACUAUUCGAAUGUUGCACAUACUUUCGUUUUAAUAUCAGUUCCCAAGUUUUUCGUUUUACAUUUGCAUUUCAGUCGUGAAUACAAUCGGACGAUUUACUAUUUAA